AACGGGUCCUAUACCUGUAUAUAUUUAUGUAAAAUAUAUUAUUUCGUGCUUGCUAAUCUCUUAUUGGCCGAUGUCUUGAAUCUCAAACUGGGGAAUCCAGAGGGAUUUCCAGCAGUUCAAUCGUUUUGUACCAUUUAGCAAUAGUAACAGGCCAUAGGAUUUGGUAUUAUGUAAUUGUUAUUAUUUGUUGCUUAGUCUUCUCAUUAAUUCUGUCUUUUUUUUUUUUUUGCAGAAUAAAUUCUUUGAUAAUAACGACCGAUCAGAUACAUAUUUUAACAACCCAAUCUUUGAUUCGGAUAUUUUAAACAACGAUGAAAAGCCAAUAGAAGAACAAAAUGAAGAUCCUCCAAUUAAACUGCAACCAACGCUUCAAGCAGCAGAGAAACAGUCCAUUGAGAACCUGCUGGCAGAGACUUCCUAUUUAGACGGCAGUUACAGUGCAAUGGAAGCAAGGCUGCUGAGACUUCUGGAGUCCGCAGAGGAGCUUACAGUCAACUUUGACUAUAUUGGUCAGAAAGAAGAAGAGAGACAAAAGAAUGUCAGGGAUGACAGUGACAGGGACAGUGAGGGUACAAUCUCCAUACCUGUUCUCUGUUUGUUGAUCUUUGUGUCGGGAGCUUUGAGUGUCUCCGUGUAUAAGAAUAUAAAGUUGCUGAAGAGGAGCAAGGAAGUUGAGUCAGAGUCAAGACCCAAAGAGAGGCAAAGUGAAGGAACUCAGACUCAGUUUUACAGGCUGGAGGCAAGAGAAGAUGAGAUAUCAGAUAUUUCUGAUGACUCUUCCAGUCUUGGAUCUUAUGUAGACAAGAAAGCCAAAAAGAAACGGUUUGGCUACAGUAUACGGAAAUGUUUCCUCCAUUGUUUAAAAAGGAAAAGGAAGAAACACUUAAGCUCACAGUAUGAGGAAAUUCAAAAUAAUAUCCUAACCGUGCAAAAUGAGAUAUCCGUGGAAAGUCUACAUGUAAGUGAGCAAAGCACUGAUGAGCAUUCCAGUGCCAUCCAGGAAAUAUCUAUUGAGACAUCAUUUGAAACAGUGACAUAUGAUGAGCCCAAAACUGUACCAACAAGGGGAAAAAAGAAACACGUCCGUAACUUGAUGAUUUGCUGCAAGAAAUGUAAGACCCUUGAGGUUGAGGACAGCGAAGCUGACAAGGGUGAAGACAAACCCCUGAAGUUAAAAACUGGAAAUUAUUUCUGCCACUAUAAACAGGCAAAGAAAUAUAGGAAAGAGAAAUACAGAAAAUGCAAGAAAUGGUUUUGGCAAUGGUGUCAUGAGAAAGCAUCAGAGGAAGAAGAAGAAGAGGAAAGUGUGUAUGAGACACUGGAAGAAAGUGAGGCAAGAAAUGACGAGGUGCUUGAUGUAAUCGCAGAAAGUAGUGAUGAGGCUUCCACUGUAAGCAGUGAUAUAACAGAUGAGGCUUCCACUAUAAGCAGUGAUAUACCAGAUGAGGCUUCCACUGUAAGCAGUGAUAUAACAGAUGAGGAUUCCACUGUAAGCAGUGAUAUAACAACUUCAUAUGAAAGUGAUGCACCUAGAUCUGUACUAAGAAGAAGAAAGAUAAAGCGUUGUAGCCUUAGUAUAACUCUUUGUUGUAAGAGCAGACAAACAGAUGAGACAUCAUAUGAAACGGCUGAAAGUGAUCAGCCCAGUCAUGUAUUAGCAAGAGAAAGGAUAAAGAGUUGUUGCCUUAGCAUUGUUCUUUGUUGUAAGGAAACAAAAACCCAAGAUUCUGAUGACAAACAAGAAAGUGCUUAUGACGCUCUGGAUGUAACCAACCAAAGGUAAUUCCAUUGUUGUCAAAACUUGACAAAAGAAGAUAAAGAAGAGAAAAUGAAGAGUGAACAUUUCAGAUCAUCUGUGCUUAUGCAUAUCUGUUGAUACAAGAAGAAUUGUGACAUUAUCCCCACCUCAAAACAGUCAGGGGAGGGGAGAAGUACUGGUGUCAUAAGGAACCCCAGGGUUAGGGAGAGGAGGGAUGGACCCACCUAUAAUAUAGGUGUUGAGAAGACCACUGGGGUCAGGGAGAGGAGGGAGGAAGACACCAGUGAGAGAACAACAAUUGGUAUGAGGCAGAAAGACAAUUGGUAUGAGGCAGAAAACUACUGGCUCAGACCUGAAGGCUAGGGUUAGAACCUUACAUCCACCGUUAAAACCUUGUUUGAGGUGGUACUGUCACGUUUGCCAAAAAGUCAUCCUAGCAACGUUAAGACUUUCUUGCCAUUUACCUCUUCUCACUGGUGGUAAGCACAAGGCUGCUGUGGGCCUCUUGGCCUGAAGGCUACAUUGUAAGAUCAGGAUACUGACAGGAAAAAGAAGAAACACUUUAAAACAAUAAAAUGUAAACAUUUA